GGCGUGUGCAAUAUCUCAAUUCUCCUUGCGCACAAAAACAACGCAAAGGGUUAUGCAGAGCACUCUGUUACAAAUUCUAGUUUUAGAAGCUGAAUACUGCUGUAUGGAGAUCAAAUGUUUAAUCGAUGAGAACAUUUGCAGAACGUUGGCCAAAAUCCAUCUCGCGCCAUUUUCUCACACUGGGCUUCUUCUGGUAGUGAGUGGAAACGCGACCCGGAUGCUUCACAUUUACACAACCGGUGAAAUAUCUGGCUCGUUGUAUCUGUGGUCGAGACGCUGAAUCGCUUCCCGUCUGUAUUAGUGACGGACAGAUGCUGACGAAAUACUGCCGGUACUCUUUUGACAUUUUAGUCUUGCUGCACUAAAUUUGACUUCGAGGCGUUGGCAUCUAUACUUAAACAGCCUAUUUAUUCUACACUUCACCCAGUAACAAUUACUUAUUUUGAGGGCAUUUUCGAUCCAAUAAUGGCAAAUUCCGUUGCCUUUCACACUCAGCUAGCCUCCAUCAUGGAGGUUUUAGCUAACGCGGCCGUGGCUGAAAUCUGCGAGCUUGUUGACAAUGGCUAUGCGGUCCUGCAUUUGGAGAUAUCUCAAGGGCAGAAGGAGAAUGAAGCGUUGAGGAGAAAACUACGGAUGAUGGAGCUGAAAGUGUCUCGUGCGAGUGCCAUGAGAGUGGGAAUGGGAAGCUCAAUCCUCGCGCACGGUCGCUUUCGAACACACGUUGGCAUGGAAUCGAGAAGGACAUCAAGCAGCGAGGUACAUUGUCGGAGAGGAGUUGAUUCCCAGUUGGUCACCAGCCUGUUUAGGGACGGAAAGUCCCCAGGUGACACUGGACAGACUACCACACAGAGAAAGCCUGCUGCGUUGGAUGAGAUAAAGCCCAAAUCACCUACCAUCAAAGAGGAGAGGCGGGAAGAAGCCUGGGACAAUCAUGACCAACGAGAGAGAUUGCGUACCGGAGCUUUAAAUCACAGUGUUGAUGGAGGAGAAAGGCAUUCCAACAUCGUCACAGAGGCCACACAACCAAUCAGCAAACAGGAGAAUGCCAGCUCUUGUAAAUGGGUGAGUGGCGAAACCGACAACAAUGAAAACCUGAGUGUGAACAAAAGAUCUCAAACCCCAGCAUUGGAAGAUGGUGAUGGAAUACUUGACCAUGCAGGCUUUGAUUGUAUGAUGUUUGAGCCCCCCAGACAACUUGGGACCCUUAGCACCCAGGGUCCUGGGGCUGAUCUUCCUGAGUGCUCUUACUCUCAUGUGGAUGUUGUACCUCUUAAUUCUGAUUCAGAGAAUAGUUUUCCCUUUUCGAUGAACAAGGUGAGUCGCUCCGUAACUGAGCACAAACAACCUGUAACUUACAGAGACAAUAGACAGAGGGUGCCGUUGCCCUCAGAUGAGCCUCACAUGACUGUGCGAAAAGGCAUGGAGACCGGAUCCAAUGCCUUGGUAAUGACGGAUGGUUGGGUCUCCCAUGACAGUCAUAAUAACGACGCUGUGAAUUACAACCAAGACGGCACAGCAGGUAACCGGUUCAUUUGUAGUUUCUGUGGUAAGACUUUGGCGUGUCUGAAGAACCUCAAGACACACCUUAGGGUUCACACCGGGGAGAAGCCGUUCAGCUGCAUGCAGUGCGGGAAACGCUUCUCCGACUCCAGCAACCUCAAGCGACACCAGAGCGUACACACGGGGGAGAGACGCUACGGCUGCAGCCACUGCGGCAAGCGCUUCGCCCAGUCGGGGCACCUCAAAGUGCACCUUAGCGUACACACAGGAUGCAAGCAGUUCAGAUGCCCACAGUGUGAAAAGACUUUCAUAUCGGCCAAUCACCUCAAGAGACACAUCAGUGUCCACGAUGGAGAAGAAAGUAUUUUACCAACCACUUUUCAGUGAGUGAAAGCAUACCCAAACGUGCUCCAGCCCAGCUUGAACAAAAAAAUGAAUUGGGGGCUCGACUGAAGGAGUUGAUCAUCCAAAAAGUAUUCCAUACACUUUUGAAUGACUGUUUUUGUAACUCUUAUCAUUGAAGUUGUUUAUCACUCAUCCUCAGCCCACUGUGUGAAAAAUUGGUUUGCGGACUCAAGGUGUCUCAUCAGACAAAACUGUUCACACAGGAGAAAGACCCUCUAUCUGCAUACAGUCUAGGUGAGGAGCUUACUGUGAAACACAACCUUACACUUCACCUAUAGAGAAACCAUUCUGGUUGCUCAAGUGCUGGUGAUGUAUUGUCACUGAGUGUACCAGGAACACUAUCAUGAAUAAUUCUACUUUAACAUUUUGACUGAACACAUUUUUGUCUGUAGACUAUUUGUCAUUCACAGUUUAGGAGUAGUCUUAUAACGAAACAAAAACAGUGGAAUCAACAAAUAAUUUGUGUACGUCCAUUAAUAUUUCAAGUGCUGCAAGCAAUAUAUGAAAUGUGCAGUACAAAGUUACAACUAUUGUUAAUGUAAGAAAUGCUACCUCUUUAGGAAAAACACUCCUCCAAUCACUCUAGUCAAAUGCUAUCUCGCAAAGGCUCAUUGAUGACAUUUUUGUAAUAAGUAUUCUGUUGCACACACAAUUUUUUUUUAGAAUUACCCUUGAAAAUGGAUGUUUUUGUGAAAUAAACAAUUUAAGAAAAAGGCCA